GCCCGACGACCGCUAACGACAGGGGGCAGAACUCUGCCGUUCAAACUGGGCCGGACCGAUUCUGGCAAGAGGGUCAAGCCAGGCAGCCGGACGAUGAUCGCUUGUGCUCUCAACUUGUCUUCCCUCAGUCGGUCGAUUGAUCGAUCGAUCGAUCGUCGAGGUUAUCGGAGCGAUGAGUGGUUCCGCACGGUUGUAAUUGGUUGUGUUUGACUUGGUGCGGUGAUUGAUUUGUUGGUUGUGUUUGUAUUUGGGGUUCAGGGAAGGAAAGGGGAAAGAGGAAAAGAAAGGCGGAAUUGUCGUUGGAAAGGCGUGAUCAGUGGGACAGACAGUUGGGAUCGGUUGGGAAAGGCAGGCCUUUGUCGAGGGGAGGGGGGGGCGGGGGGGGGAGUGAGGAGGAAGAGGAGAGGCGUGACGUUCCAGCAGGGGGUAGCGCUCAGUAGGACCUUGAGAGGGUUUGGCGGGGGGUUGGGAACUUGCCCGUGGGGGAGGUGGGGAGUGUCAGCUGCGACGUCCGCGCUGCCUCCUGGCGCCCACGUGGCGAUGUGAGCGGUGACGUGCGCUUGCCACGUCGGCGCUGCGCUCCACAGCGUAAUUAGGGUUUGAGAGGGAGGGAGGGAGGAAGAGGCGGCAAGUUGUGCGCAGAUUGGGGUAAGGGAGGAGGGCUAAGGAGGAGGAGGAGGAGGAGGAGGACGAGGAGAGAGGGAUGGGGCAGGGUCAAUCGGGGUUGUCAGGGCAGGGGCCACCUGGGGACAGGAAGGAUGAGAAGAGGGACAAGCGGAAGCACGAGCCACCUGCGCCCCCAACACGUGUGGGUCGGAAGCAGAGGAAGCAGAAGGGUCCAGAGGCGGCGGCUCGUCUCCCAACUGUCACUCCGGCGUCGAAAUGCAAGCUGAGGUUAUUGAAACUAGAGAGAGUGAAGGAUUAUUUGUUGAUGGAGGAGGAAUUCGUGACCAAUCAAGAGCGCCUGAAGCCGCAGGAGGACAAGAACGAAGAAGAUCGGUCGAAAGUCGAUGACCUGCGCGGUUCACCCAUGAGCGUCGGCAACCUUGAGGAGAUCAUCGAUGAGAAUCACGCCAUUGUCUCCUCUUCCGUAGGGCCGGAGUACUAUGUCAAUAUUCUGUCCUUUGUGGAUAAGGAUCAGCUGGAACCCGGUUGUAGUAUCCUGAUGCAUAACAAGGUUUUGUCUGUGGUAGGCAUAUUGCAAGAUGAGGUGGAUCCUAUGGUUUCUGUGAUGAGAGUGGAGAAGGCUCCGUUGGAGUCGUACGCAGAUGUUGGUGGCCUGGAUGCACAAAUCCAAGAGAUCAAGGAGGCGGUUGAGCUCCCACUGACUCAUCCUGAGUUGUAUGAGGACAUUGGUAUCAAACCGCCAAAGGGGGUUAUACUGUAUGGCGAGCCAGGAACGGGGAAGACGCUUCUAGCCAAGGCUGUUGCGAACUCCACAUCUGCAACCUUCUUGCGAGUUGUUGGGAGUGAGCUCAUUCAGAAGUACCUUGGGGAUGGACCAAAGUUGGUGCGUGAGCUAUUCAGAGUGGCCGACGAGCUGUCGCCAUCGAUUGUAUUCAUUGAUGAGAUUGAUGCUGUUGGUACGAAAAGGUAUGAUGCGCAUUCUGGAGGAGAGCGAGAAAUCCAGAGGACUAUGCUUGAGCUUCUCAAUCAACUUGAUGGGUUUGAUGCAAGAGGCGACGUGAAGGUUAUCCUGGCAACAAAUCGAAUAGAGAGCUUGGAUCCUGCACUGCUGAGACCGGGCCGUAUCGACCGGAAAAUAGAGUUUCCCUUGCCUGAUAUCAAGACAAAAAGGCGCAUCUUCCAGAUCCACACCGGUCGAAUGACCCUUUCAGACGAUGUGAACCUGGAGGAGUUUGUCAUGACCAAGGAUGAACUGUCUGGAGCUGACAUAAAGGCUAUUUGCACAGAGGCUGGGCUGCUUGCUCUACGAGAACGCAGAAUGAAGGUGACGCAGUCUGACUUCAAGAAAGCCAAGGAGAAGGUUCUUUACAAGAAGAAGGAAGGCGUUCCGGAGGGUCUCUAUAUGUAAAUAAACGUGGAAGUGAUUUUGAUUUCCAAGUGCUCGCAUUUUUCACAAUUCUCUAGUUCGAACUUGUUGCGGGGAUCGUCUUUUUCCUCCUCCAUCUCUGCGAGUAUCUUGCGGGAGUCACCUGGAAGCAUUGCCGACAUAGUUCGGAGAAUUUCAUUGUGUCCUUUACUCUCUUAACCUUGGUCUUUGUCGAGUCAGUAAGAAUUUCACUGUGUCCUUUAUUGCUCUACCCGGUAAGAAUUUCACUGUGUCCUUGACCUACUACUACCACCACCUUUCGUUCCAUCUCCUGUGUCCGUCUCAUUAGGUGAAAUCACAUUCUCACAGCUUUCCUCCUCGCAGCAUGGCGCUGAGGCAGCUUUUUACUUGCUUUCCUCUGUAUGCCUGUUCUGUGUCUGAUGGUGUGGUGCCACAUCAACUGCUUUGUUUGACAUCUUAUGAUUGACAUGUAGUCCACGGCGAAGUGUUUACUCAUUGUCCACGCGCUCGGCCAUUCUGACAGUGUCCUGCUUUGUUGUUCUGGUGUCUCUGCCUGGGUAAUAACUGUGAGCCCUCGGGGCCGUAAUGUGGGCCGUGCAGGCAUGCCCGCAUGAAAAGAUCAGCACGACAAUC